GUGGACUCCAGACCAGGUCCGGUCCUCGUCCUCUCCUCUCCACCACUACUGUAGUAGUAGCUUCCAGGCAGCAGCAACCUUCCCUUGAUCCCUCGACUUUUCUUCCUAGCCCUGCGCUACCUGCGUCGUCUCCUCCUCCUGAUGCUCCGCUCAAAGCGCCCGGCGGCGAGCCGUCGAGGCCAAGUUUCCGCCGGCCGGUCAGUCCGUCGCCCGCCUGCCAGCUAGAGCUAACCAACCCAUCACUCCUCUCUCAUCUCUCGCCCUCAGCUCUACGCGUCGUGAUCCGACGCCUGGAAACCGAGUUGGACGCGUCACCGUCCCCGCUAGAGCGUUUGACCCCGGCCAGGGACACGCCGCCUCCUCAUCCAUCCCCCUGGCCCGUAUAAAGCCGCCACUCACUUGCCUUACUCUUCCACUCACUUCCGCAAGCAACUGCCCCCUUCUCCUCCUCCUCCCCUCUCUUUGCCUUCGCCACGAAGCUAUAAUUAACUUGACUUGCCUUGCCUUGCUCAAGUGUGUUCGAGGAGGAACCAGAGUUGCCGGUGCCAGCAUCAGCUUGGGAAUUGGGACCCACCGGCAGACAUCGAUCGAUCAUCCCAUGGCGGUGGAGGCGCUUCUUGACGCGGCGCUCACGCCGUCACCGGAGGUGGUGCCGUUGGCCGAGGCGGCCGCCACGACGACGAGCGGCAGCGGCGAGGAGGAGGAGGUGGAGGACCAGGAGGCCAAGGCGGUGACGACGGACGAGCGGCGGCGGCGGCAGCGCGCCGAAGAAGGGUGGGCGAAGCGGAAGCGCUCCAGGCGCCGCCGCGAGCAGCAGCAGCAGCUGCUGCCCCGGGAGCCCACGGAGGAGGAGUACCUGGCGCUCUGCCUCCUCAUGCUGGCGCGCGGCCGCCGCGACGUCGUGGAGCCCGCGCCGCCGCCGCACGCGUGCUCCGUCUGUGGCAAGGCGUUCCCGUCCUACCAGGCGCUCGGCGGCCACAAGGCCAGCCACCGCACCAAGCCGCCUCCGGCGGUGGUGACUACUUCGACGUCGGCGGGUGCCAGCGCGGAUCAGCAGCACCAUCAGCAGCAGCAGCACGCGGCGCCGGCGCCGGCGCCGUCUUCGUCGUCCGCGGGCUCCGCCGGCGCCGGCGAGGGGAAGGCCGCGGCGCACGAGUGCAACGUGUGCGGGAAGGCGUUCCCGACGGGGCAGGCGCUGGGCGGCCACAAGCGCUGCCACUACGACGGCACCAUCGGCAGCGCCGCAGCGCCCGCGCGCAGCAGCCGCGUCACGUCUGCGCCGGCGGCCGGCGGCUUCGACCUCAACCUCCCGGCGCUGCCGGACAUCCCCGAGCGGUGCGGGGCGGUGCCGGAGGAGGAGGAGGUGCUCAGCCCGCUGGCCUUCAAGAAGCCCCGGUUCAUGAUCCCGGCUUAAUUAAUCAAUCAGGCUCUCCGAUCCCAUUAAUUAGUCGAUCGAUCAGCUCGAUUAUUUUUUGGUGAUUAGUCAGCUAGCUCAGUUAAACUCUGCAUACAUAGCUUGGUUGCUGGUGGUGAUUGGUGAAUUGGUUUGUCUGUAAAUACAUAGGCACUGUUCAUUGCACAUAGUCUACAUAGGCCAUUUAGAAUUAGGAUUAGAUUGUGAAGGAUCAAUUCUUUCAUUGGUUGAAUAAUUGGUGCAUAUACUGUAUAGUGCAUAGCAUUUAUGUAUAUAUUUAAAUGUAAUAAAAUCAAGUAUGGGUGCAUAAUGGAAGGGGGAAAAAUAGAAAAAUGGCUCCUAUUCA